CCUAUGAGGUGACAUUGUUGAGAAUUAUACAUAACCGGAUGUAGUUUAAACUGAAAGUACGAUUUCAAUAUGGCGUACUACGGACAGCAACAACAGGGUUAUGGCCAGCAAAGACCUCCUGUACAGGGACAAACCGAUCCAAAUUUUCUUUGGACCGUUUUCCAACGAGUUGAUAGAGAUCACAGUGGUCAUAUCUCUGGGGAUGAGCUGGGGCAGGCACUCAGUAAUGGAACAUGGACACCCUUUAACCCCGAGACGGUGCGGCUUAUGAUUGGAAUGUUUGACAAAGAUAACUCUGGCUCAAUCAACUUCCAAGAGUUCUCAGCCUUGUGGAAGUAUGUAACAGAUUGGCAGAACUGCUUUAGAAGCUAUGACAGGGACAACUCUGGCACGAUUGAUAAGAAUGAACUGAAAACAGCUAUAACAAGCUUUGGAUACCGGUUGUCAGAAAGGUUCUAUGACAUCUUGAUCCGUAAAUUUGACCGCCAAGGCCGCGGGAAUAUUGCCUUUGAUGAUUUCAUACAGUGCUGUGUUGUCCUGCAGACUCUGACAAGUGCAUUUCGAGGUCAUGAUACAGACCAAGACGGUUGGGUGACGAUAACUUACGAGCAGUUCAUGACACUUGUUUUCAGCCUCAAGAGCUAAAAUUCACCAACUGCAAUAAUGCUGUGAGAAAACAUUGGAAUCACUAGGCACAAUGAAAGGACAAAUGCAAAUGGUGUUAUUGAUCUGCAAAGUCUUGUGAACAAAUUUUUUGUUGUAAAUCAGAAUUCCACUUAAUUUUGCAUCCUUGGAAAGCAAUUUAAUUUAGUGAUUUAAAUUAAUUU